CUCGGACCUGGGCCCUCGGUUUUUGCCCCCGGCCGCACAUAGUUGGACAUGACACGGAUACUGUUACGCUAACCUGGAGUUUGUGGGGAUGUGCGCCGGGAUUCUUGGACUAGAAAAUGGAUCAACUCUGAUACGAAGCACAGUCCCUCUGUGAACAAAAUGGCCGACGACCCCGGCUCCAGCCCCGUCCUCAGCGCCCCCUCCAGACGACCCAAAGUGCUCUCCAGGAACGGCCCCCCUCCCCCCCAGGACCCCGCCCCUCCCGUCUUCACCCGCCGACUGCGCAAGGCCGCCGUGGGUACGGGCUGUGACAUCCGCCUCCGAGUGUCCGUGACGGGAUGGCCCGCGCCCGCCCUCUCCUGGUACCGUGGCGACCUGCUCCUCCCCCCCUCCGAGGCCCAGGACGCGGGGGGGCUGUGGAUACGCGACUGCAGGACCUCCGAUGCUGGACUGUACACCUGUGUGGCCUCCAACGCCCUGGGAGAGGCCAGCUGUAGCGCCGUGCUCGCUGUUAUGGACCUGGGAGAAGACUCUGAGACUACGGAAGAUGAGACGACAGAGCCCCAGCUGGAGACUAAAGAGGGCAGGCAGCAGGACAAGGGGAUGCGCAAGGGACACACAGGUGAAGGCGGCCGGAUGAUGGACUAUAACCCCGACGCCUCAGACCGCAGGGCCACUCUGCCCGGCACCUAUGAUCCUGUGGUGGAGAGAGAGCUGCGGGCACUGGGCUCCAGACCCCCUGGGGCCCCUCUGGACCCCUCCAACCCCUCCAGGCAAGGCCCCGCUGAGGGCGCCCCCGUGCGGCACCUGGGUGAACACACUUUUCACAACUCUUUUAGGACUGAAACUGCCCCCCAACACUCACACACAAACAGUGCUCCUCCAUCUUCUAAGACCAUGACGCCAAAAAGCACUGGCUCUAAGAUCUCAGACAGGGUGAGGGCCUUUGAGGAGCGAGGAGCCAGCGUGGAUCUACCAGACGAUAAGAGCGCAGAGAAGAGAGAAGGGGCAGCUCAGAGGAGAGCCGCAUUCAAGCAACGCGCCUCUUCUCUGGAGGACAAGAGCACCUACGCCCUCAAGGUCCAGGACUACCAGAGCAAGUUCACAGAGGAGCUCCAGAGAAUCAAGAAGCUGGUGGGCAAACCAAACCUGAAUAAGGCCUACUCCACCGAACAGCUGGCUCAGAAAGAGAGACCGAGCCUGGGCAAGCUGGAGCCCAUCCCGCCCCAGGUCAUCCGGAAGCUGGAGGCCCUGGAGGAGAGGACGGUGAAGAGAAGAGCGGGAGACGUGACGCAGGUGGGAUCACUGGGGAAACCUGUGGAUGGCUCAUCAAAACAGAGCUCCAGGACCGUCUCUGUUGCCAUGGAGACCGCAUCGGCUCAGCAGUUACCGGGGCAACCGUCACUAACAGCCAAAAGGGCGACCCUCACAAGAAGCAACAGUUCACCUCUCUCCCAACCCCCACCAACCAAAGACCCAACACUGGACCAGGCAGACCGAUCUUUGAGCCCGACGGGGAAGCGAACGUCUCCGGUGGGCGCGAAGGACCAGGCUCCCGGGCCCCAGACCCUCUUCCCCCACUCCCCCUCCUCCACCGCCGCAGCGCCCAUCAGCCCCCUCACCAAGAGACGCCGAGCCGAAGGGGGGCCCAAGCUGACCAUCCCCACGAUCCUGGUGGAGAACGAGCCCAUGGAGGCGGAGUGCGAGGGGGACCAGAGGAGGAGAGGGCGGAGGAGCAAGAGAGGCCAACCAAGAUCUCUGGACGAAGGGGCCUCCUCCGAUGACUCCUACCAGUCUGCAGACGAGGAGCCAGCUGAGGGCCCUGGAAAACAGAGGAAGGUGGGGACAGCAGCGAACGGAGCAGAGGGAACGUUAUCUGGCAACGCUACACACACAGAGGCCACCCACAUGCAUCGUGGGAGCGCCGGGAUUGGGGUAGGGUCCGACGAGGAGUACCUGAGCCCCCAGGAGGAGCCCAUGGAGGUCACGCCAUCCACAGCCCCCAUCAAGAGAGUGAAAUUCAAAGAGCCACCUCACUUCCAGGUAGCACCCAGCGACAUCUCCAUAACUGAGGGCAACAAUGCCGUUAUCAGCGCCAGAGUGCGAGGCCAGCCCCCUCCCAUGGUCCACUGGUCCAAGGACAGAGCCAGCAUCACCACGUCCGGCCGCUACUCCCUCACGCAGACUGAAGAGGGCGCUAUCGAGAUGAGGAUCACAGCAGCUCAGCAGUCUGAUGCAGGGACCUAUGUGUGUAAGAUCAUCAAUGAACACGGGAUCAAACAGGCCCAGUGUAAAGUGGAUAUCAACGCUCCCAGCGCAGCAGCCUCCCUGAAGAUCCUGAGGCAUGUGAAGGACGUGUGUGUGCGGGCAGGGGAGUCGGCCAUGUUUGAGUGCCUGGUCUCGGGUCCCGCCGAUGUGGACGUGGACUGGCUCUCCAAUGGCAAGCUCAUCCAGCCCGCCCUGCUGCACUGCAAGAUGACCUUUGAUGGGAGGAGGUGCCGGCUCCUGUUGAACUCGGUGCAUGAGGACGACAGCGGGACUUACAUGUGCAAACUGAGCACGGCUAAAGAGGAGCUGACCUCCAGUGCCCGUCUAAAGGUCAGUCCGUCCAGGGAGCCUCUCUUCACUCGCCGGCUGGAUGUGCUGGAGGUGAUGGAGGGGCGCACAGCCAGGUUCAGCUGUAAAGUCAGCGGAACGCCUCCCCCUACGGUCUCAUGGAGGCACUUCGAGACCCCAGUGGAGGAGAGUGAGAACAUCCGUGUGCUCCAGGAGGGGGGCAGGCACUCUCUGGUCAUCCUCCACGUGAGCAGCCACACAGAGGGCUUCUACACCGCCAUCGCCCAUAACCCCCACGGGAGAGCCGAGUGUACUGCAGAGCUGUACAUGACCGAGCCCCGCGCAGCUCUCACCUCACACAUGACCAAGCUGGAGAAGAUGCCAUCCAUCCCAGAGGAGCCAGAGUGUGCGGAGGGGGAGGUGGAGCGCAGGACCAUGCCGGACUUCGUGAGGCCCCUGAGCGACGUGGAGGUGAUCGAGGGCAGAGAGGCUGUGCUCAAAUGCACUGUGUCUGGACUGCCCUACCCCUCCAUCAGCUGGUACCACAACAGCAAACAGAUCCAGAGCAGCGAGGAGCGCAAGAUGAUGCACUACAGGGAUGUGCACAGUCUGGUGAUUCGGAGUGCGUGUCACGCCCAUGGAGGAGUCUACAAGGCAGUUAUCGCCAACAAGGUGGGCAAGUCCGCUUGCUACGCUCAUCUCUACGUCACUGACAUCGUCCCUGAGCCUCCAGACGGUCCUCCAGAGAUAGAGUCCAUCACAGGGAAAACCAUCAGCCUGAGUUGGAAGAAACCCAAGAGGAGCGAUGCAGCAUUGGAUUUGGGCUCUUUGCUGUAUGUGGUGCAGCAGCAGCCUCUGGGCUCUAUCCAGUGGAGCGUGGUGGCGUCCAACCUGAAGGAGAACAGCUACACCAUCACAGGCCUGUCCAAAGGGGUGCGCUACGCCUUCAGAGUGCUCUCCUCCACGGGCAAGACACUCAGCAAACCCUCCCCCUCCACAGACCUGGUCACACUGCUGGACAGAGGACCGUAUCUGAGGAAAGCUCCGGUGAUCGUGGACAAACCUGAUGUAGUGUACGUGGUGGAGAACCAGCCCGCCAGCAUAACCAUCCAACUCAACCACGUCCACGCCACCGUCACCUGGAAGAGACGAGGUACAGCUUUGGUCCACCGCCCGGGCGUGUGCGAGCUCUCCAUGCCCGACGACGACCAGCACAUGCUCCGCCUCCUCCGCAUCCGCUCCGCAGACGUGGGCCAGCUUAUCGUCAUGGCAACCAACCAGCACGGCAGCGACAUGGCCACUCUCCAGCUCGCUUUAGCAGUCCCGCCAAAGUUUGAAAGCAUCAUGGAGGACGUGGACGUGAGCGUUGGGGAAACUUCUCGUCUGGCUGUGGUGGUGGAGGGGAAACCAGACCCGGACAUUCUGUGGUUUAAGGAUGAUGAUCUUCUGUCUGAGAGCAGUCACUUCACCUUUGUGUACGAUGACCCUGAGUACUCCCUGGUGGUCCUGAACGCUCAGCCCGAUCACUCCGGAGUCUACACCUGCACCGCCAAGAACCUGGGGGGAUCCAACUCCUGCAAGGCCCAGCUCACUGUGCACACUGGUCAAGAUGAGCCAGAGACUGUGGAGGACGAGGGCUCCAUCCUCCGCAAGAUGAGACGCCUGACGGACUACUACGUGGUGCACAAGGAGAUCGGGAGGGGCGCCUUCUCGUACGUGAAGAGGGUGACUCACAAGAAGGCCAAAUCCGAGUACGCCGCCAAGUUUGUGUGCGCGCGGGGAGCCAGGAGGAAGCAGGCCGCUCUCAAGGAGAUGGAGCUGCUGAGCGAGCUGGACCAUCCCAACAUCCUCUACUUCCACGACGCGUUUGAGAAGAAGCACAUCGUGGUGUUGAUUACAGACCUAUACCAUGAGGAAAUGUUGGACAGAAUGGCCAAGAGAACCACAGUCAUGGAAGUAGAGAUUCGAAAGAGCGUGCAGCAGAUUCUAGAAGGGCUAAGAUAUCUUCAUGAGAAAAGCAUAGCACAUCUCGACAUAAAGCCCGAGAACAUCCUCUUCUCCGGCCCGAGCAGUGACCAGAUCCGCCUGUGCGAUCUGGGGAAUGCUUUGAAACUGGACACGGUCGAAGAGCGCUACUGCAAAUACGGCACGCCAGAAUACAUCGCACCAGAGAUCGUUAACCAAACCCCGGUCUCCACGGCAACGGACAUAUGGCCCGUGGGAGUCAUCACUUACCUCUGUCUGACAGGUGUUUCUCCUUUUGCCGGAGAGAACGACAGAGCCACAGCGCUGAACAUCCGGAACUACAACGUGGCGUUCGAGGAGAGCAUGUUCUCGGACCUGUGCAAAGAGGCCAAAGGAUUCGUCAUCAAGCUGCUCGUGGUGGACAGGCUGAGGCCUACAGCUGUCGAGUGCCUCCGCCAUCCCUGGUUCAAGUCCCCCACAAACAAGAGCAUCAGCACUGCACAGCUGAAGCAAGUGCUGUCCCGGAGGAAGUGGCAGCGCUCUCUGAUCAGCUACAAAUCCAAGAUGGUGAUGCGCUCCAUCCCCGAACUCCUGAGUGACUCCUCCAACCACGUGUCCAUCGCUGUGGCCCGUCACCUGAAGGAAGGCUCCCCCCCGCCCUCUUCUUCCUCGGACUCGGACGCAGACGUAGACGAGCUCCCCUUCAUCCCCAUGCCCCUCUCCAUGGUCUUCUCCGGGUCGCGCAUUUCCCUCAACGACAUCCCCGGAGACGACGACGUGGCGUGGUCAUCCGAAAAACCGAACAUGGAAGACAUAACCGAGGAAGCGACGGAAGAAGGGAAAAGAGUUCAAAGAGUGCCGCUGAAAAAAGGUUCUAGCAUCGAAGCGGACGAAUCGGCAACCAAGUCGAGACGGGCUACCAUGAGGCGGGGCAGCUCGGCGGAUUCAGCUCUCCUCCUCCAUAUCGACCCAGAAGAGGCUGGCGCUAACGAGGAUGCAUCAACUGCUAACAAGACACUAAAGAAGGCGGUUUCCAUGGAGCUGCCCAAUCGUAGCCCUAGCCCCGGUCCAGGCAAGCUAAGCCAAGAAGACUAUGCUCUCAAACUGGAGUUGAUGCGGCAAAGGCUGCUACGGGGAGGCAGUGCGGACAAAAAGAUGAGCGGGUUGCGAGGUCCGUUGUUUGAGACGUUAGGAGUGGAAGAGAACACAUCAGCUGGUUCUCUGGAACGAAGUUUGCGUCGAUCCAAAACUGGUCCCUCAUCUCUCAUCCGAGCUGCUUCUUCAGAAACGACAACAGAAGAUACCCCCAAGACCAAAGUGUUCCGCAAAAGUUCCUCCUUCUCUCAGGGAGAUUCAGAACCCAUGCCACUUCACCGGAGAUUUGGAGCACCGCUGGAAAUCCCAUCGGCGAGUAGUAGUAGUGGUAGUAUGGACGGGAAGAACCUGCAAGAGGCUACUUCCAUGUCUGCGCUUACGGAAAUCGAUUCAAGGAGUUCCCCUACAGUGAAAGCAAUGUUCAGUCUGCCAGAAACAAGGGACCAAAUGGAUGAAAGUUCCGAUGAAGGUUUAGUUCUGAAGACCAAAACACAAGAAGGAAAAUCGCUAGUCCCUCCGAUUAUUGUUGUUGAGGAAACCGUUGAGGAGAAGAAGGAAAUUCCAGCAACAGUAAGACAAGAUAAGGAUGAUUCUCAAAAUGAUAAAACAUUUACAUCUGAAAAAGCCGAACUUCCAAACAAAGCUUCCUCACAGUCUACUGAGUCCUUACCAGAACAUCCGGCUGUAUUCGCCAAAGUUGCAACCGCGGACCUAAUAACUACACCGGAGGCCCCAGCCCUCGCUCGCCAACCUGUCCUACGAAGUGACAUUAAAGAUAUUGAUUCUGAGGAGGUCUUCGAAGCGAGGUUCAAAAAGAGGGAAUCCUCUCUAACUCGUGGUCUCCGCAAAUUAACCAGGAAUCGGUCAGAGGAAAGGUCACCGGUCAGGAAGGCAAACGAAGGAGGUGAAGAAGUCUACCGGCCAGCAGCAAGAGGAGAACCCCUUGAGAUGGUUCAGAAAGGUCUUCAAGAAAAAGCAAAGUCAGUUCAAGAUCUAAGAGAGGUGGACAGGGAUGUUGGUUUGGGAUUGAUUGGAAGGUUCUCUCUGCGUUCCAAGAGAUCGUCAUCAGUGGAGAAGAAACCGGAAAAAGCUAAAGAGGAAACUGCAGCUAGCAAAAGAGUAUCCUGGGCUAUCGGACGCAGCAAGUCACUGGACACAAAGGAAAGUUCACAGAAACAGACCCAGUCAGAAGAGAGACGGGAGAAGGACGGCAGCGGAAGUCAGAAAGAUUUGAAGAAAGUGACUGAUUCACCAGUGCUGGCAAUGAAACAGAGGUUCGAGAACAAGGUGGCAGGGAUCUCCUCCAAAAUCCGCAGCCAGUCCGAGGAGAGAAAAGUGGAAAACGAAGGGAAGAGGACUCCAAUCUUCAGUCGUCACCGGCAUUCCCAAUCGGAGGGUCGCGGGCUCAAGGGAAUGGGCAUCCCGGAAAACCAGCUAGCAAAGCAGGCUUCGACAGGCGCAUCCAAGGAAUCCAUCGAGUCCACCAGCAGCCAGACGGAGAAGGUGCAGGAGAGCGAAAGAAGGUCCAGGUGGGACAGGUGGGGACUGUCCAGAAACCGGAGGGAGCGGACUUCAUCCCAGCCAGAGGGGAGGGCAGCUGGGCAAGAGCAGUUCAGCCGAUCAGCCUCAGACUUCGCUCCAGUCUUCCACAUCAAACUCAAAGACCACGUGCUGCUGGAGGGGGACCCCGUGACCCUGAGCUGCCUGCCCGCUGGGAGUCCUCCGCCUGAGAUCACCUGGAUGAAAGAUCGUAAACCCCUGGAGCUGGAUGAGCGGAUGAACUUGAUCUCUCACCCUGAUGGCCGACAGCUCCUCACCAUCAUGAAGAGCGGCCGCAGAGACGCUGGAGUGUUUGAGUGUGUGGCCACCAACCCCAUCGCCGCAGUGACCACCUCCUGCACCCUCUCCAUCGCAUGUGUUCCCAAGAGGCCAGGAACUCCAGAGGUCCCCCAGACGUACAACAACACAGCUCUGGUGCUGUGGAAGCCUGCAGACACCAAGCCCCCCUGCUCCUACACAUUGGAGAGGAGAACCGAGGGUGAGUCUAGCUGGAUGACAGUCGCCUCGGGGAUAGUGGACUGUUACUACAACGUGAGCGAGCUGCCGGAGGGCGGGGCGUUCCGGUUCAGAGUGGUCUGUGUGAAUAAAGCCGGGAAGGGCCCUUACAGCAACCUGUCUGCUCCUGUUACCGUGGGAACUACAGGUGGUAGUGCCCCGCCCCCUGUGGCUGUAGUGAAGACUGUCCCCGCCCCCCCAGAACCCGCGGUCUCCUCCUCCCUCGCCAUCUCUCCUCUAAGACCCGCCGCCAAGAUCACCACGGCAACAGUCGUCACCCCCACCACCUCCCCCCUCACCAUCCCUCCUUUUAAACCCGCCCACAAUUACGCUCCCAAGGUCACCGCGGCGACCGUCGUCACCACCACCACCUCUUCCUCACUCUCCAUCCCUCCUUUUAAACCCACACAUAACCACACCCCCAAGGUCACCACGGCAACUGUCAUUACCACCGCCGCCUCCUCCCCACUCACCAUCCCUCCUUUUAAACCCGCCCACAACUAUGCCCCCAAGGUCACCGUGGCAACCGUAGUCACCAGCACCUCCCCCGUUACCACGCCCCUAACUCCGCCCUCCUCUGGACCCGUCAGUCCCGCCGCCAUCCCCGAAGACAAACCCGCAACCAAAACGCCUCCCUUCGUCAUUACCAAAACGCAGAGCCCGGUGAACGUGGUGACGCCCAUGACGCAAACCCCGCCCACUUCUGUGUCGGCCCCGCCCACCAUCGUAACUCCACCCUCCACGCCCACCAAGCCAGCGUUAAGCUCGGUCCCCUCUUACAUAUCGACCCCCACCAAGGCCCCCACCCCAGUGUCCUUCACCCCACCCGUGCUGCAGACCUCCAGUCUGAGCCCCAUUGCUGACGGGACCACUACCCCCAGAGGAACCCCCUCCGGACGGGGAACUCCCUCUGGACGAACCACCCCCUCCACCACGCUCAGGCAGGGGGUCCCACAGAAACCAUACACCUUUCUGGAGGAGAAGGCCAGGGGGCGCUUUGGUGUGAUCCGUGAGUGCAGGGAGAACUCCACAGGUAAGAUCUUCAUGGCCAAGAUCGUCCCGUACACUCAGGAGAACAAGGCCGAGGUCCUGAGGGAGUACGAGAUCCUCAAGAGCCUCCACAACGAGAAGAUCAUGAGUCUACACGAGGCCUACGUCACCCCCAGAUACCUGGUCCUGGUGUCUGAGUACUGCAUCGGCAAGGAGCUACUGCAUGCACUCACAGACAGGUUCCGUUACUCAGAGGACGACGUGGUGGGCUACCUGGUGCAGAUCCUUCAGGGGGUGGAGUACCUUCACAGCCGCAGAGUCCUCCACCUGGACCUGAAGCCAGACAACAUCCUGGUCACUAACCUCAAUGUCGUCAAGAUCCUGGACUUCGGGAGCGCUCAGAGCUUCAACCCACUUAGCCUCAAGACACAGGAGGCUCGCUUGGGGACUCUCGAGUAUAUGGCUCCAGAGAUGGUGAAGGGUGAAGUGGUGGGUCCUCCUACUGACAUCUGGAGCAUCGGCGUCAUCACACACAUCAUGCUGAGCGGCCGUCUGCCCUUCGAGGACAAAGACCCUCAGAAGGUGGAGUCCAAAAUCCUCAUGGCCAAGUUUGACCAGACCAGACUGUACCCCAACGUGUCCCAGAGCGCAGCCACGUUUCUCAAGAAGAUGCUCAGCAGUUAUCCAUGGGCUCGUCCGACCACACGCGACUGCUUCUCCCACGCCUGGCUCCAGGACUCUUACCUGAUGAAACUCCGGCGUCAAACCCUCAACUUCACCACGGGACGCCUCAAAGAGUACCUGGUGAUACAGCAGAGCAGGAGGGCGGAGGGAGCAACGCGACAUAAAGUACUACUGCGAACCUACCAGGCCAAUACUACUACUACUACUACUACUACUACUACAACUGGUACUACUACUCCGAAGCCAACCUGAACAAGGCAAGAUGGACCUUUCCGGCCUCUUGGAAUCCCUUAAACAUGGUCGCAAAUCUGGAAAACUCAAAUAUGAAUACAAUUUUGGGUUGCCAUGGCGAUUUAGCAAUUUUUUUUAAAAGCCAGAUGCCCUUCCAGUCGCAACCUGCCACUUUACCGCGACUGGAGCAGGCGGUAAACAAGUAAACAAGUAAGGUGUUCCGCCCGUGGACACAGCGGCAGUACAGCACGGGCGUAGGUGUUUAGGGAAUCGAACCGGCAACCCCGCUGUGAAACGCAAUAAUGAUGACAAUAUGUGUACAAUUAGCAAAAACGAACUGAAUGCACAAAAUAAAUCAUCGUAAACUUUUCGAUUAUUUUCUUUUUGGCGUAUUUCGGUUCAUAAAUACACAAUUAGCCUGCACAAUUAGCAUUUCUUGUAUAGCGUUCAACCCGUGGGUAUAGUCCUUUUAUUUAAGCUGCUAACUUAUUUUUCACGUUUGAAUCUCAAAGCCAAAAAAAGUGUUGUUUUAUUCAUGUUAAUUUAUUUGCAUGUGUGAGCGAGAGUGUACGAUUUUAAGGUGAAAUAAAGACACAAUAGGACUGUGCUAAUCCAAAACGUAGGGCUAGCUUAAGCUGGAAUUUGUGCGUCGUCGUGUUUCAAAACCGUACUUACAAAUCAUUAGCCUCGUAGCACAAUGGCUAAAGUACACAGAUAAGUUUUUUUGCUUGAUUUUUCUGGCAAAGUUUCUUUUUUUUGACCAACACAAAGAAUAUAACAUUUUAAAGCUAAGUGGCUAAGUUUGGCUAAGUUUUCAAGCUAAUUACAGCGGAAUGUUGUGCUAAGAUAAAAGCGCUGUACCAGUUUUUUCCCAUGUAUUUGAGCUAAAUGUGUUUCACUCCAGUACAGAUAGAUUGCAUAAGCAGCUCUAGAGGUCAAAAUAAGUCUGCAAGAGCGCUGUUUGCAUUCUAGUUAUUGUCAUUGAUACCAUGAUGACCGUGAAAAGCGCUAAUAAUCUUGUCACGGUGAAUAAUUAGGAUGCUCUGUACGCUUAAGGGAUGUGAGGAAGAACGGUACAGAUAUAUUGUAUAAGCAGCUCUUGAGGUCAAAAAAAGGCUGCAAGUGCGCUGUUAGCAUACUAGUUGCUGUCAUUAUUACCGUGAAAAGCGCUAAUAAACUCCUCACGGUCAAUAAUUAGGAUGCUCUGAUCGCAUAAGUGAAGCGAGGAAGAACUUUGGACCAGUGCAAACCUUUAAAAAUGAACUAGGUCUGUUUUUCACAUUUUUAAGACAAAAACGGGUACAGCGCCUUUACGGCAUCGAGAAAGAAUGUAUUUAGUUAUGAUGCCUUUUCAAUGUUAAACGCGCACUAUGGAGCUUUUCUAGUGGGUCUGGUUGUCGCCCUGGAGAUGUCAUAGUUUUGUCUGGAAUGUUUCAAAGUAGGGCAUUAAAUUUAUCCAUCUUGCAUUUACUCAGUUUAAUAAUUUAAUGUUAAUAGCCUGUGACCAGCUUUAAAAAAUCUAACUUUCUGAAGGAUAAGUAAUGUUACCAUGGCCAUAAAAAUAAAAAACACGAAAAUCAUCAAAUGUCUCACAAUAAUGUCAUGGGCUGUCACAAUAUAUCGAAUCACAAGUUCCUUUGCUUAAAUGUUUUACAGCAGCAACAGCUUUUAAACAGUGGGAACUACAUAUCCCAUGAUUCAUUUCAGUGCAGAAAACAUGAAGAAAUAUGUUUUUUACUUAAAUUCUUGGGAUUAUGACAGAAAUAAUUCACACCAAAAUCUUGUUAAAGUGUUUUAAAAGCAAAAAAGUGUCUUAUCUACAUUUAUAUCUGCCUCUCCAAAAUAUCGCAAUAAAUAUCAUACCAAGAGAUUUGGAUAUCAUUACAUCCCUAAUAUAUAGCAUUAAAUGAACUUAUUUUAACUUUUAAAACAUCCACCAUUAUAUUUUUUUUACUUUUUACUAUAACAUUAUGACUCAAAUAAUCAUACUUGCCAAUAAGAAUUAAACAAAUCACCUUGACACCCAUGACAUUUAUAUAGAGAGGUUUAAUGCUAUACUGUGGGAUUUUCCAGCCAAACAUAUACAUCUCCAUGGAGACAAGCAAGUAGCCCACUCCCCCCCUCCAAAAAAGUUACAUAGUGCACCUUUAACUAAAACUUACAUAACAAACAUAAGCCUUAAGCCAUCUUGCUGUGAGGCUAGUGACCUGUCAAAUCUUAGUGAACUCUGACCUGUAUUCCUGGUGAGUCCUCUUAUUCAGUCAGUGCCUCAAACUUAGUCCGCCAUGUUUAGCUUCUUGUACAUGUGAUUCCAGCCCACACCGGAGCUACUGCAAUAUUUGGACAAGACCUGACCUUAGCCUAGCCACACGCCGUCCCUGUAAUAAUACUAGAUCCUGUGUACUGCUCCUUCAGUUUUCCUUUUGUAUGAAUCUGAACGCCCGAAGAUUUGUAAAUGUACCUAUUUGCUGUGUUUAUAUGUGGAAAAAGUUCAACAUGUU